AUGUCGUCGGCCACGCAAUUAGGGAUCUCGGAGAGGGAAUAUGAAGAAGCCCUUGCGGUGGAAAAGCUCUUUUUUCUGUCGUCCAAAGAAAGAUGCAAUUACUGUAGUAGUGGAAAGCCGACUUUCGUUGAUACGUACAAUUACGAAUUUGUAUGCGACAGAUGCUCAUUCAGAAGUAAACACAAAAAAAGAAUUGGUGAAGAUCCCAUCAGUUACUAUGAUGUGCAGAAGCUAGAAAAAAAAUUUGGAGUAGCAUCCUCCUCAUAUCAUAAUAGCAGCAAUAAACAUCGCCGGAAAUCUAGUAGCGGACAUCAUCACCACCACCAUCACCACAACAAUAAUAAUGAGAAGAAGUCCAAAUCAAAAAGUAGACACACUUCAGGGAAGAAGCAUAUCGAAGUGGUAUCAGAGGAUAACAGCUCAUCUUACGAUUAUGACGAUAAAAUGAGAAAAGAAAAGAAAAAAAAAAAAGAUAAAGAAAAAGACAGAAGCGGAGGAGGAGAUCGAGAUAGAGAUAGAAGAAAAGACAAACAUAAUAAAGAUAGAUAUAAGAAGAAAAAAAAAUAUGAUGAAUCUUAUGACGAUUUUGAUGAUGAUUUUUGUCUUAACGAUUAUGAUCAUACCACCCCUGGAAUGAUAGGAAUUAUGAAUUCAAAUAAUAUGAACAACUCAGAUUAUAGAAGCAACAAUAUGGACAGCAGCUUCCAAGACUUUGAUGGGAGUCUCAUUAAUUAUAAUCAACUAGCGGAGGGCAAUUUUAACGACUUUGGCGCCCCGAACGGAAUGAACCAAGGGGCGAUGAACCAGGGAGGCAUUAACCAGGGAGGGAUGAAUCACACGAACCAUCCUUUCGAUUCGCCCCACUUUGCAAAAGACAAUUACAAUACAAAGUACAUGAAUUCUCCCAACGCCGAAAUGGUGAAUUCGGCGAACAACCAGUUAUGCUUGGACGACUAUAACUCUCAUCCGUUUAAUAACAAAAUGGGCUACUCUAACAAUUUUAAUAUGAAGCUGAACGAGGAGGGGGAGCUAGCCAAAAUGAAGUAUGGCAACAGUGGGCAGGCUAACGGUGCCUUUGCGAACAAUCGCGCAGGCAAUAAUCACCCAGCUAACAACAAAAGUAACAACAGUAAUAAGAUGAACAUGCACUUGUACGACCCCUUCGAUAGUAACAUGAACAGCGGUGCUGACAAAAACAGAUACAACAAUGGGGCAGUGGAUAACUUAAACUAUUUUAACGGUUCAAACUUUCCGAACAAUCAACAAGGCAGUAUGAACAACAGACUCUUCCUGAUGAAUAAGAGAAAUUCUUUAAACCACAACUACAAUCAACAUAAUAGCAACCCCAAUUCCAUGUACAGUCAUUUUGGAACCACGCAGAAUCCAUACAUGAUGAAUAACCAAAAUAUAAUUAAUACUAAGAUGCUUUAUGAUAACAACGUGAAUAGUUCUAAAAAUAAAAACUUUCACAGUAGUAACCCCAACUCUCCAUUUAUGUUAAAUGGUGGGAUAAAUGGUGGUACAGUUGGCAACGCAAAUAAUGGCAAUAGCGUCCAGGGUCCGCAUAACAACAUGAACAAUUCAAUGGCAUACUGCAACCAGGGCAAUUUAAAUGAUAGAACAAAGUGGCACGACAAUAGCAACAGCAAUAAUGCUAUAAACAACGCCAACGGAGGUGGUAACCUUAGCAGUAAUAAUAAUGGCGGUUCGCACAGCGAAGAUUUUUCCCCCGUUAUUGUAUCUGAUAAAAAUCCAUUUUCUCUUCAGAAUAUUAUUUCGAACAAUAAAACGUCGCCCAGUUAUGUGAACACCAUGACGGACGAGAUGAAUAAAUACGCGUAUAAGUAG